AUGGCCACACAUCCUCUUCAGGCAAUUGGGGAGGCCAUCGGUGCUGCUGGUGCCGACCCGCGGGUUGUUCAACGCUCAUCGCUCUUCCAAGGCGCCAAUGACGGACCGGCAAAGACAGCAGCCAAAAUUACCGGGGUACAGGGUAUCGCAAAGAGAGCUGAUGAUGGGCCCUACUUCACAAAUAAUGAAGGCAUACCGUUCCCGGACCCAUCCCACAGUAAAACUGCAGGUGGGCUACCUCUGGUCUCUGAUACGUUCCUACUUCAGAAGCAGCAACAUUUCAAUCGGUCCAAGAACCUAGAGAGAAUGGUUCAUCCUUGCGGCAGCGGAGCAUUUGGGUUUUUUGAGACCACCAAGGACAUGUCCUCCCUUACAAAAGCACACUUUCUGAGAUCAUCCAAUAUCAAGACUCCCGUCUUUGUACGGUUUUCUACCGUGACCCUAGGCCGGGAAUUUCCGGACCUGGCGAGGAACCCGCGAGGUUUUGCUGUGAAAUUUUACACAGGGGAGGGAAAUUACGAUAUCGUGGGGCUGAACUUUCCGGUUUUCUUCUGUCGCGAUCCAAUCCAAGGCCCAGAUGUGAUCCGCUCUCAGUCGCGUAACCCAAAGAACUUCCUCUUGGAUCAUAAUUCGCUUUUCGACUUGCUCGCCAAUACACCUGAAGGUAACCAUGCUGGACUGAUGUUCUUCAGCGACCACGGUACUCCUGCAGGAUGGAGAAACCAACACGGAUAUGGUUGCCAUACAUUCAAGUGGGUCAAUGCCAGCGGCAAGUUCGUAUACGUCAAGUACCACUUCCUUGUGGACACCGGGCAAAAGCAGUUCAAUGCCGAAGAGGCUUUGAAGUAUGGAGGGGAAGAUCCCGACUACUCCAAGAGAGAUCUUUGGAGCGCUAUCGAGAAGGGCGAGCAGAUAUCGUACACUGCGCAUGUCUGGCCGAAGAAGCAAUUCCCGCUACAUGAAUUUGGCAGGCUUGUCUUGAACAAAAACCCCGAGAACUUCCACAGAGACGUCGAGCAAGCUGCCUUUUCUCCUGGCAGCAUGGUCCCCGGUAUUGAGGACAGUCCGGAUCCUCUACUGCAGUUCCGCAUGUUCUUUUACCGUGACGCCCAAUACCACAGAAUUGGCAUCAAUCUGCAUCAGGUGCCAGUCAACUGUCCGUUCAUGGCGUCAUCAUAUUCCUCGCUCAACUUCGAUGGCCCGAUGCGUGUCGAUGCAAACCACGGCAUGAACCCACAAUACACGCCGAACAGUUUUACUCAAAAAUUCCGACCCGAUACUGCCGAGACUCCAUAUCAACUAGGUGAUAACACUGUCGGGAGGAAAUCACACUUCUAUCAUGAGGGUUCACCUUCAGAGUAUGACCAACCGCGUGCGUUAUAUCGGGAUGUCAUGGACGAGAAAGCAAGAGCCCAUCUUCAUUCAAAUACCGCGCGUCUCCUGAAACUAGUGGAGUACACAGAGAUCCAGGUGAAGUACCUAGCGCAAUUGGCGCGUAUUGCCCCAGAAUACGCAAAGUCAGUGUACGAUUUGCUUCCUGAGAAGAAAUUCGAUUUCAUGGAGGUUGAGCAACGCACAGGCGGUGCGGAGCGUGCUGGUAAAGAGGCGAAGUUCUUGCCUAGCCAGGAGACAGAUGUAUUGCGGGGGUUGUGUCCGAUGAAACCUGUCUACAAUGUUUGA